AGAGUCUCUUCAUUGUCCUGUCACAUGUUCUAUUUCCAUUACAGGAUGUCUGACAAGAGUGAGCUGAAGGCUGAACUGGAGAGGAAGAAACAACGGAUCGCCCAGAUUCGAGAGGAGAAGAAGCGAAAAGAAGAGGAGAAGAAAAAAAAGGACGGAGACUCGAAGCGAGCUGCCGAGUCAGGGGGCGGGUCUUCUGCUGGCCAUGAAGACUCUGACCUGGAGAGGAAGCGGAGAGAGACGGAGGCUCUGCUGCAGAGUGUCGGCAUCAACCCUGACAUGCCUCACGCUCAGCCCCUGAGGGUAGUAACAGAAGAUACGUGUCUGUUUCACUACCUAGUCCCUGCCCCCAUGUCUCCCUCCAACAAAUCAGUGGGCAGCGAUGCAGGAAGCCAAGAUUCUGGGGACGGAAACGCUGGACCAAGGUCUGUGACAUUGCAUUGGGAUCCUGACCCCUCUACUCUGCAACUCCACUCCGACUCUGAGCUCAUAGGACGUGGAGCCGUGAGGCUGGGCAUGUCCAAAAUGACCCAGGUGGACUUUGUUCCAAAGGAAAUGGUGUCUUACUGUAAAGAAACACAGACACCCACUGAGGCGGUGACACGCACUGAUCAAAAAGCAGAUGAGGAAGAGGAUGAGGAGAUAACUGCUCCCCCACCAGCAGAGGACAACCAGGAGGAGAAAGAUGAUCAGGGUGAACAGCAAGAAGAUGACACCCCCAAAGAGCUGACAGAGGAGGAGAAGCUGCAGGUACUGCACUCUGAAGACUUCUUGUCGUUUUUCGAGCGAGGCAGCAGAAUUGUAGAGAGAGCUCUGGCUGAGCAUGUGGAUGUUUGCUUUGACUACAGUGGCAGAGAUCUAGAGGAUAAAGAAGGUGACUUGCAGGCAGGUGCAAAGUUAGUGUUGAACAGACAGUUUGCAGACGAGCGCUGGACCAAAAACAGAGUGGUCACCUGUCUCGACUGGUCUCUUCAGUACCCUGAGCUACUGGUGGCCUCAUACAACAACAACGAGGAUGCUCCCCAUGAGCCAGAUGGAGUGGCUCUGGUCUGGAACAUGAAGUACAAGAAGGGCACACCUGAGUACAUCUUCCACUGCCAGUCGGAGGUGAUGUCAGCCGGAUUUGCCAAGUUUCACCCAAACCUGGUGGUGGGUGGGACAUACUCAGGACAGAUUGUCUUAUGGGACAACAGGAGCAACAAGCGCACACCUGUUCAGAGAACUCCACUGUCUGCAGCUGCACACACUCAUCCAGUCUAUUGUGUGAACGUGGUGGGAACCCAGAAUGCUAACAACCUGAUCAGCAUUUCGACUGACGGUAAAAUGUGCUCCUGGAGUCUCGACAUGCUCUCCCAGCCACAGGACAGCCUGGAGCUGGUUUUCAAACAGAGCAAAGCUGUGGCUGUGACCUCCAUGGCCUUUCCUCUGGGGGACGUGAACAACUUUGUGGUGGGGAGCGAGGACGGCUCAGUUUACACUGCCUGUCGCCACGGGAGUAAGGCAGGUAUCACAGAGGUGUUUGAGGGCCAUCAUGGUCCGGUGACCGGGCUGAGCUGCCACAGUGCUGGAGGACCUGUUGACUUCUCUCACCUCUUCAUCUCCUCCUCUUUUGACUGGACUGUCAAACUUUGGAGCACUAAGAGCACCCGUCCGUUGUACUCAUUUGAGGACAGUUGUGACUAUGUCUACGAUGCCAUGUGGUCUCCAACACACCCUGCUCUGUUUGCUUGUGUGGACCUUGCUGGACGCCUUGACCUGUGGAACCUCAACAAUGAUACUGAAGUUCCCACAGCCAGUGUGAGUGUGGAGGGAGCUCCAGCGCUGAACCGUGUAAGAUGGGCUCACUCAGGCAAAGAGAUCGCUACUGGGGACUCUGAUGGACAGGUGCAGGUCUACGACGUAGGAGAGCAAAUCUGCGUACCCAAGGCUGAUGAGUGGACGCGCUUCGUCAGGACCUUGGCUGAGAUCAAUGAGAACCGAGAUGAAGCUGAGGAACUUGCUAAUGUGUGAUUGUUACAAUCCUCACACUGACAACCGCCCAUCAUUUCUUCUCCAAUACACAAAACACCUGAAGCACACUACACCACAUUUGCUUCCAGCUUUGUCACCCACUACAUGAUUUGGCCUGAGGAGAUGUGCAGAGCUAGAAGGGAUUGAAAAGACAGUUUUAGAAAAGUUCAGGAAGUUGGGUUUUUUUUUGAAAGCGUCUUUAGGAGUUUAGAGUAUGUGUUGGAAUAAGUAAUGUCAUGUGUAGCAGUAGUAUUACAGAACUACAGUUAUGUGGUUAAAGUGGAAUUCAAGGGAAGUGGUUUGUCCACUCUAAACUUCUAGCUUUGAUAUCAUCCUCAGGGCUCCAGAAACUGCUCUUCUCCUGAGGCCUCAACCAACUCAGCCCUUUUUUAAAUAUGCAAACCUUUGUACCUGCACCUUUUUAUUACCAUUUGAGUGUUUUUACAUGUGUUCAUUUUUUCCGGACAUGCUUUUGCACCUGGACGGCAAAGUGUUUCAACCAAGUGACAAAAGAAAAGCUGACAUAUCACUAUCCACACAGCAGCACUUAAUGACUAAACGACAGGUGUGCUUACUGUCCAUGCACUCUGGCCUGUGCAGGAGUCUGUCACUAUAUUUGAACCACUACAAUAUUUAAUAUUUAUUCUGGUGGUUAUACUUAUUUAAAUAUUUUGUGUAUUGUUUAAUUGCUGCUUUGUACUAAAGCUUGAGUAGUACAUUCCUAAAAUAAGCACUACAAGUGUUUUUACCAGGCAAACAUAUAAAUAAACCACAUGAAGUUUUCAAAGGGGAUGUAAAGCGGGUGUUGAAAACUCUUCAUCACUGGAAAUGAAUGGAUUUUUAUCAUUAUUUUUUCCGUCCAGUUUAUCUUUCUUCCCAGGAUGCAGCAGUCUAACCUCACCAGCCUGGUUUAACCGUUCAGCUUCAAAAAUGCUUCUCUUUCAUGUGUAGAAUGAGCUAAAACAUGUACUGUAGCAACCAUGUUGGAUAGAACAUGAAGAUCAGUAUUCUGCUUUGACUCAAUGUACUGUUCUCUUUCCUGUUACUGUUCCUCAUACAGUCUAAGGUUGCUCUUUUCCAUUGGAAUAAAACUCUAGACAUACUGUUAAAAUUAAAACCAUAUGGAUGAUUUAUUUCAAUAAAAUACAAUGACUAAAUUCA